CACAAUACACCACCACUUAGCUGCCGCCAUCCUCGCCGCCUCGCCAUCGCCAUCCCACCUCAUCAAUUAUUUGCUUGCUGGCUUGCAGAGUGCAGACCAUAUCAAACCAUACGAUCUGGCCACCACCGUCAGCAUGACCACCGCCAACCCCCCGCCCAUGUCGUUCGACUCCUUCGCGACAUCGUUUAGUGCUGCACAGCUGGUUAGUUAACCUAGACGCGGCCCACUGGCCGGCGCCACUUCCGUUACAUGACUUCAUAGCGACUAACGAUGUCCGGCAAGCAGAACUACUCCGACUUCAACUCGCCGACCUCUCUCUUUAACUCACCCGAAGACUUUAGCACGGAUUUCACUUCGGACUCGGCCGGCUCACCUGUUUCACCAAUCUCUCCUGUAUCACCGGUCCUCUCGACCACCUCGUUCGGGCUUCCCGGAGACGACUGGGUGUUUUGGGACAGCAUCGAACACUCAUCCCAUCCCAGUACCUUCCUUGCGGCGGAGCCCAUUGACGAGUCCUUAUUCGCAACACGCCCAGCACGGGACAUCUCCCUGAGCCCCGCCGUCAACCCGAUGGAUCUCACCAUUCCAUCUCCAGUGAACUUGACUCUAGGUUCCGAUAAACUCAACCACUAUCCGCCCCUCUUCCAGCCGCGCCAGGCCGCAUUCGGAGGCUCUGGAGAUGGCGGAGAGGAAACCAAAGGCUACAUGUCGCGCGGCAGUCUCAAACGCAAGUCCUCCACCUCGAGCUCCGAGGACGGCGAGGACGCCAAGCAGUCGUCCCCUUCUCCGCUCCCCGCCCGCCGCGGCUCAAAGGACAAGGACCAGGCGGCCCACGGGCCAAAGAAGACGGCACAUAACAUGAUCGAGAAGCGGUACCGCACAAAUCUCAACGAUAAGAUUGCCCAGCUUCGCGAUGCAGUCCCGUCCCUCCGGGUCGUGUCGCAUCGCUCCGAGCACUCUAGAUAUGACGACCAAGAAGAUGCGGGUGAUGACGAGAGCGCGAGCGCACAGGCGCCAAAGCUCAACAAGGCCACCAUCCUGAGCAAGGCAACGGAGUACAUCGCCGGGCUCGAGACAAGAAACCGCAGCUUGGAGACGGAGAACAAUGCGCUCAGGGGCAGGAUGGAGGGGCUCGAGAUGAUGCUCAUGAACCGUGGCGGCGCCGGCGCCAUCUGGAGUUGAACUUCUUGACUCGAGAUGCUGCUCAAAACUUCUCGUUUGAUCUCUCCUCUUUGCUUUGCCAUGGUCAAGUCUUUUGACCGUGUGGCGUUCCGGGUUUUUGCAUGCGGGUAAAAAAAGAUACCUCGGGGUGGUUUUGCUUGGCGUUUUGAGCCAAAUAUAAUGAUGGGACGAAUGGACGGGCAAAAGGGGCUAUAAACCGACAGGCGUCAUUCGCUGUUCGAAGGCCGAGUUACCUACCUAGUUAAUUAACUAUACUACAUUGCGAUACUGCGCAGAGCUAAUCAGUGUUCAAUAAUUGGUACAUGCCGUUCUUGAUUAUUUUAAACAUAUUUCCUUUCACUUGGGUACUUGCACAUACAGAUUCCCACACGAACUGGUGUGCGAUAAAUCCGUUGUUGAAUGAUUGCCUGCCGGCUUAGCCAUCUCUUGUUCCCACGUUUGGCUACCUAAUUCUGUGGCGGUCCCUCCCAGCUAGUGAGAGUCAAGAAGC